AUGUCUCAUCUCGGUCUCGACGCGGACGACGACUCGUUUCCGCCGGGCCUGGGGACGACGCUCGGGAUUCACGACGAUGAAAACUACGACGCCUUCUUGGGUGAAUUGGAAGAGCACCUGCUCGGCGAGGUCAAGCGGAUCACGAAGGAUCUUCGCAACAGCGACGCCGCGGUCGACGUCUCCGCAAACCUCGGCGGCGGUGACGAGGAUGUGACGGAGAACUCUGUGAUAGACAAACUCGACAUGAAGGACGUCUCGGCGAUCAAGCUCACCGAACACCUGGAAUUCGUCAUAUCCGUCGAUCUCCCCGGAUUCAAGACAAAAUCGACGCAAAACGGGUACAAAGGCGGCUACCUGAUGAUGGAGCAAUGUGCGCAAUUGAGAAAAAAGCUUAGUUACAUCUUCAGCCACGACUCUAAAUGGUUUGGACAGAUGAUGGAACUGAAAUUCACGGCGGACUUCGAAAUAUUGCUCCCGUGGAGUUUCUAUCACGAGGGCGAGAUGAUCGUCGACAUCGCCUUUGAAUUCCGUUGGCCUUGGACCGUAUCCACGGACGCCGCGGAUGGAAUGUCGUUGAGUAAGAAACCGCCGCAUAUUCACCUCAGCGGGCACAACGAUCAAAUCUCUUUCGGCACCCCGAAAGAGCAAACCGCGGCGAUCCAAGUCGGGCUCUCGUUUAAAGUUUUGAAACUCCACGCCGAGAUAUGUGCAAAAAUUCCGUGGUUGCUGGGCGCGUGCGUUGGCCCGCAUUUCCAAAUGUUUUGGCCCUUCGCCGUCGGAGUGGAUCUCGCCCCGACGUCCGCGGACGCGUCGCCUUAUUUCGUCGACCUCGAAUACGAGGAGGCGGACAAGACAAAGUGCAAGGACAGUAAAAAAAUGGCCCUCGGCAAGUACUUCUACGCGGGAGUUCCCGAGUACAAACUCGAUAUUCGCAUCACUUUUGAAGGCUUCUCGAUCAAAGCACUGAACGCAGCCUUGGCCGCGGCGAAAAAGAAAGACCCCUCAGAAGACGCCGAGGCAGUGGUUGGCACGGCGGAACCGCACAUCACUCUGGUGCACAUUUGGCCGCGUAAGGAGCUUAAAUUCCCAAAUCUGAAAACGUGGAUCGGACACGCGGAUAAUGUCGCGAGCACGUCUGCGGUUGAACCCGUUGGGAUUGCGGACAUGCACGUCGCGAAGACACCGGCGGAUGUCCAGAAGGAGGAAAAGCAGAACGAGAAAGAAGCGGCGGACGCGGCGACGGCGGUGAAAAAGUACAACAAGGAUUUCAAAAUAGCGGCGAGGAAAGCCUUCAAGGACGAGUUCAUGGAUAAAGUCAAAGGCGCCGUAAAUGAAGCGAAAACAAAGAAAAUCUUCCUCGGGGUGAACGAUACCCAGGGUAACGAUUACCUCGCCGUGUAUAAAGAAGUCACGUGCGUCAAUCUGGCGCCAACGGCAAAAAAAACAGGGGCCAUCACCGCGGUGCACGCUGCUGCCAAAAUGAAAGUAAAAUCGAAGAAGGGUCGUUAAGUUGUGUAUAUUGUAAGAUGAAUGAUCCCCCGAGCACGUC